GGUCAUAUCCAUGUUGUUAUUUUGACUGUGCGUCGAGUUAAGUAGAUGUAGAACAGGGAUAUUGUCAUGUUGUAGGAUGUUGCGACUGCAUUAAAUCAAGAAUUAUCAACUUGUGAUAAUAACACAUCAGAACUGAUACAAGAUUGGAUAAUGGCAGCAACUUUGGAUUUCGAAUUAACAGGUGUCAAAGAAGUCAACUGUAACCUUGAAAAUGAAAUAAUAAAAAUGCGCUCCUUCCUCACUCAAGCCAAUCAAGAGAAAACAGCUAAAGCUGAUAAGAUCAUUGCAGCUUUUCCUGAUGCAAUGUUGGAAUGUGCUCGUGAUGUCGAGGGCCGAGUUGCAAUAGAGAAUCUUGCGAAGUACCAGAAUAAGGAUGGUUACAGAAUAGCCCAAAUUGCUUCAUGGAAUAGUAUGGCCUACAAUGUGAUUAAUUGUGCAAAGGCGGCUGGUGUUGUAGUUAAGUGUAAACACAAAAGUUUCCUGUAUGAGCUUGGUGCUCUCAAUAUUGACGUAGUCACAAAAUGGAUGACUGACUUCCCGGAUGUGUUCGUGUGAGUGAAUCGUCAGCCGACAGUCGGAAGUUGAAUUUACGAACGCUACCUAAGCAACAAUUAACUCAUCAACAGAGAUCAUCCUGUAGAAUGUGCAUAUGUGAC